UACAUCAUGAAGGAGCGUACUCUUCGAAAAAUGAGUUUAAUUGUCGCUGUUGAUUCAAAACUUGGAAUUGGAAAGAAUGGAACCAUUCCGUGGAAAUUGAAAAAGGAUAUGAACUUUUUUGCACAACAAACGUCAGCUACCACUGAUCCAUCGAAGAGAAAUGCAGUCAUAAUGGGUCGUAAGUGCUGGGAAAGUAUACCAGAGAAGUUUCGACCACUGAAAAACCGCCUAAAUAUUGUCAUCAGUCGAACAUUGCCGAGUCGCAAAGAAGAAGACAUAAUUGUAAGCGACAAUUUUGAUAGUGUAAUGAGGGAGUUAUCAUUUGGUGAACUCUCAGAAAAGAUUGAAAAGAUCUGGAACAUUGGAGGAUCCGAGAUCUACAAGCUUGCUUUGGAUGCUGGGCUUGUGGAGGAAAUGUUGGUCACCAAGAUACGAAAGAGGUGA